GUUUCACAGCUUGCCUGCACAAGCUGCAGUGGGUUUUGUGUUUCUCUGAAAUUCAUACAGAAGGGACACAAAGUUCCUCUAAGAAAGCAUAAAUAAGCAUUCUCUUCUCUUUGUGUCUAAAAUCUAAAGGAUAUCAGAUAGAGGGGGGGAUUUUCUCUAGGGAAGUAUGUUCUUAGGGUUUGUCUCCUGAAUUUUAGCCAGAUUAUAUUUGUCUCCUGAGCAGGAGAGACACAGGGUUUAGCAGGAACAUUUAAUCUGACCUAUUAGUGAAGGUUGCCUCCUCUCAGUAUCCAUGUGGGGCUGUGUGGGAACAUGGGAUGUGUUUGGUGACUCGGGCCAGAAUCUCCUCCUGCCUCCUUGCUGUGUUGCCGGUGGUGAUCUGCGAUUGUCUCUGGAGACCAGGUGGGCUGCGGGGCACCUGGGGUGCGCAGAGCCCUUCAGGUGCUUGAUAGUGAAUUUCCUCAGCAAACACCAGAGGUGGUUUGACUAAAUGUGGCAACAUCGGCUUUGCCAGGGCACCAGCUUCAAGAAGCAUUUUAUUUCUUGGCUUCAUUUUGGAAAAGUAGGUGUCAGACUGCUGCACUUGCAGAAAGCUGAAAAUUGUGCUGUAGGAGGUGAGGGCAAAUGGAAGAGUGGUGGUGGAAGGUACAUGUGUGUGUUUGUUGGAGAGAAUUCGCUAUAUGGGGACACAGGAAAAGAGAAUAAAGAACAUAAGUACUGAAAAGCUCCCGAGAAGUUGCACUUAGUAAAUCAUUCUUGUUUUGAUUUUUUUUUUGUUUUCCAGUUCAAGCAGUAUGCUUUUGACAGCAAUAGUGAAGAACUGGAAGACUGGUUAAUUACUGUACUAAAAUGGAGUAUUUACUAGUAGAGUAACUAAGGUGCUGACAAGUUUUGACAUCUUCAUCCUCAUAAACAUGAGUGAAGUUCAGGCUAUGGUAGAGUUCUCCGUGGAGCUCCACAAAUUCUUCAAUGUGGAUUUGUUUCAAAGAGGCUUUUACCAGAUUCGUGCAUCUAUGAAAAUUCCUCCAAGAAUUCCACACAAAUUAGAAGCUAGUUUGUUACAUGCCACUGGUGCAGAUCUUGCCUUUCCUGCUUCAAUACAUGACAAUAUAGUUUACAGUAAAACAUUUCAGAUUCUCUACAAAAAUGAGGAAGUUUCUGUGAAUGAUGUGAUGAUUUUCAAAAUAAAAAUGCUGUUAGACGAGAGGAAGAUUGAAGAGUCUCUUAAUGAAAUGAAUUUUCUGCUAACAUUAGACCUACACUUCACGGAUACCGACUAUUCACCAGAUGACCUGAGCACACUGCAGCCAAUUAGUAGCCGAACUUUAAAGUUGCACUUUAACUUACACCGGGGCCUUCAUCAUUACGUCAAUGUUAUGUUUGAUUACUUUCACCUUUCUGUCAUAUCGGUUAUAGUCCAUGCUUCUCUGGUUGCUCUGCAUCAGCCCUUGAUAAGUUUUCCUCGCCCAGUGAAGAAUACGUGGUUAAACAGGAAUGCACCAGCACAAAACAGGGACUCUGUGAUUCCUUCUCUGGAAAGCGUGGUAUUUGGCAAUAACUACACAAAGCAGUUAUCAGCUGAUGGUUCCAGUUUUGUUGUUUCAGAGUCUUUCCUCAGCCAUGCCUAUAAUUUCCACUAUACACUUUGUGCCAGUUUGCUGCUUGCUUUCAAAGGCUUACAUAGCUACUUCCUCAUGAUUACAAAGGAGCUCCCCUCUUCUCACCGAAUUGAACUGGAAAACAUAGAUGUAGAAGUUCGUCUUUCAGAAUUGUGUGAAGAAGUAAAGAAAAUGGAAAAUCCUGAUGAACUGGCAGAACUUAUAAAUAUGAAUCUUGCUCAGCUUUGCUCACUUCUUAUGGCUCUCUGGGGGCAAUUUCUGGAGGUCAUUACCUUACAAGAGGAGGUCACGGCAUUGCUAGCACAAGAACAUCACACAUUAAGGGUGCGUAGAUUUGCAGAAGCAUUCUUCUGUCUUGAGCAUCCUAGGCAAGCUGCCCUUGCCUAUCAAGAACUACAUGCUCAGAGUCACCUACAAAUGUGUGCAGCAAUCAAAAGCACCUCCUUCUGCAGUUCUCUUCCACCCCUCCCUAUUGAAUGCAGUGAACUAGAUGGAGAUACGAACUCCUUGCCUAUAAUCUUUGAAGAUCGGUAUUUAGAUUCAGUUACUGAAGAUAUGGAUGUACCCUGGUUGGUAGUUCAGAAUCUUCCAAGGUCAGAGUCCAAUAAACUGGAUAAAUUUGAAGCUGAAGAAGGUUUUGUUGCUGGAUUUACUAGCCCAGAAUUGAAAAUAAGACCUGCAGGUGCCUCCAGCCUUUGGCAUUCAGAAAAUGAAAAGAUGCUAACAAAGACUUUGAAAGGGAAAAGUGAAGAUGCAAAUAAACCCAAAGUUAAGGUUACUAAGCUCAUGAAAACAAUGAAACCUGAAAAUACAAAAAAAGUCGUAAAGCAGAACUCUAAGGACUCUGUGGUUUUAGUAGGCUACAAAUGUUUGAAAAGCGCAGCACUGGAAGAUGCCUCUAAAAGCCCAGAAGGCAGGCCUUCAUGCAAUACUAAUGAAGGGCUGGACCCUACAGUAAGUGGAUUUCCUUGUGAUACAAAGACCUGCACCAGGCAAGCAAGUCAAAGAGAAUUUGUGUGUUUGUCAUCUGGAACUGAGGAAAAGACUGCCAAGACUGAAGGUGUUCAACCAAGUCAGGGUAGCCCUGUGCACUGUGAAAAUGUGGCUAUUUUUGGUAGACUUACUAUCUCCCAGGCAGGCCCUGGAAUUGUACAAGUAGAUAGUGCUCUACAACCCAGAGAUACACUUGAAGGUUGUCACGGAGGUCAGCCGGCUUCCUUGGGAGUUAGGACAAUUGAGGUCAAGCCAAGUAGUAAGAAUCCCUAUGAAGGUGAGAAAGUAACUGUUCAUAUUGGAUCGUGGGCUGAGUUUCCACAAGAUGGAGUGCAAGGAGAGAAUCUGCAGACACCCAAUAUUCAAGCUUCAGAAUCUGGAAAUAAAUUGCAUUCAGGAGAACCAGUGCUUGAAAAGGAAGAUGUCCAUGAAAAAAGCUUCCAGCACACCAGUGAUGUCUUGAUAAAAAUAAAAAAUAAUCAACCUAGUUUAUCUACAAAAGAAAAGCAACUUUCUGUAAGCGGGGAUGUCACUAAAUUACCAGACGUAAAUGUGACAUACGCCUCUUCCAGGUUUUCAGAUUCUGGCAUAGAAAGUGAACCAAGCUCUUUUGCAACUCUCCCCAACCCUGACCAGGUUUUUGAAAAUGUUCAAGGGCAAAAUGCAUACAAUGCUGAGAGAUUAUUUCCUCAACUUUUACUGAAACCAGACUAUGCUGUAAAAAAUGCAUUGGAAAGCCAUUGUACUGAGAGUACCAGUGCUGUAAGUGAAAUACAAUCAUCCUUGACAUCCAUAAAUUCUCUGCCUUCAGAUGAUGAUGAACUGUCACCUGAUGAAAAUUCAAAGAUAACUGUAGUUCCUGAAUGCCAGCUAAGUGACAGUAAAACUGUACUGGAUCUCGGAGCAACUGACUUGUCAAAAUGUGAUGACAGUAAAAAAUCAAAUACCAAUUUGCAGCAACAUUGUGUUGUAUUUUCAGGGCAUUCAGAUAACAAAACUCUGUCUAUACAUUCCUCGCUCUCAGGAACAAAAGAACUUUUACACUUAGAUGUUUCAGAGGAGGUUACAUCUUCUGAUGUGAAAAGUAACAGCCCACAGGCAGACCUUGGCACAACCUGUAUGGACUCUCAGGUCCUUGAAAGGUAUUGUAACACUACAGAAGACACAGGUAAAUUGCAUUUAGAAAUUACUUGCAUGGGUGAGCCAUCUGUUCUUUCAGGUUCUUCAUCUGUAAAUGCAGGGUAUGAGGUUGAAAAACCAAAUGAAGGAAAAUACAAUGAGCCUUUAGAACUCAAGGAGGCAACGGAAGAACUGUCAACAGCUAAAAGUGACACUGGUACAGAUAAUCCUUCUCCAACCAGUAGCACUGAUAUAGUAAAGCAGGGGCUCGUAGAAAACUAUUUUGGCUCUCGAAGCAGCACAGAUAUUUCAGAUAUUUGGCCUAUGGACAACAGCAAUCCCGUUAGCCCUCAAAAAGAAGCAUAUGAAAAACAAAUUAUUUGCUCUUCCCAGCAAGACGAUGAAGAAGAGGAGGAUCAAGAAAUGAUUGAAAAUGGGUAUUACGAAGAAGCAGAUUAUGGUAUAUUAGAUGGAGCUUCUGGUGCUGGCCAAGAUCCUGACUUAGCAGAAGAAAGAGCCCUGAGGUCUGAAAGGAUUGAUAGUGGGCAUCUGCGUGAUGGAAUGACCGUGCCUCCCGUCUGUACUCCUGGUUGUCUGUCUUUUCCUUCUUCUCUGAGAGACUCUCCUUGCAAUGUUAUCUGUUCUUCAAGGAAUAAAUCUGAUGCAAUUACACAGCAGCCAGGCAGCACAUCUUACAGCUCAGCUUCGCCUGUUUCCUGGUAUGAAAGCUCCCCAAAGCCUCAAAUGCUAGCCUUCCUUCAAGCUAAGGAAGAACUGAAGCAACUUAAACUUCCAGGAUUUAUGUACAGUGAUGUUUUCAAACUGGCCUCUUCAAUACCUUACUUCAGUAUGGAAGAGGAUGACUGUUCAGAAGAAGGAAUACAUCUUAUAGUCUGCGUCCAUGGCCUAGAUGGUAACAGCGCAGAUUUAAGGUUAGUGAAGACUUACAUUGAGCUGGGUCUGCCUGGAGGGAGAAUAGACUUCCUUAUGUCCGAAAGAAAUCAGAAUGAUACCUUUGCUGAUUUUGAUUCCAUGACAGAUCGCCUUUUAGAUGAAAUUAUACAGUAUAUACAGAUUUAUAAUCUAACCCUUUCAAAAAUCAGCUUUAUUGGCCAUUCACUGGGCAAUUUAAUAAUUCGUUCAGUGCUCACAAGACCUCGAUUUAAAUAUUACCUCAACAAACUUCAUACCUUCUUGUCACUGUCUGGACCACAUCUUGGUACUCUCUACAACAGCAGUGCUCUUGUUAAUACAGGACUGUGGUUUAUGCAGAAAUGGAAGAAGUCUGGGUCUCUGUUGCAGCUGACGUGUCGAGACCAUUCGGAUCCGCGACAAACAUUCUUAUACAAGCUUAGUAAAAAAGCAGGUCUUCAUUACUUCAAAAACAUUAUAUUAGUUGGAUCUCUGCAGGAUCGUUAUGUUCCUUAUCACUCUGCUCGCAUUGAGAUGUGUAAAACAGCUUUAAAGGAUAAACAAUCAGGACCAAUUUAUGCUGAAAUGAUCCAGAACCUGCUUCUGCCUGUUCUUCAAAAUAAGGAAUGUAAUUUGGUUCGUUACAAUGUAAUUAACGCAUUGCCCAAUACAGCGGAUUCUCUCAUAGGGAGAGCUGCACACAUUGCUGUUCUUGAUUCAGAAAUAUUUUUAGAAAAAUUCUUUCUUGUUGCUGCCCUGAAGUACUUUCAGUAGAGAAGAGCAUUGUAAGAGACUUGGCUAUUACCUCAUUAACAGAUGAAUCAAAUAAUGUGUGAUAUUAAAGUAUAGCUGCAGCUGUAUUUUAAGAGAUAUUUAUACUUUUUAUAUGGAAGAUAAUUUAUAUCAUCCACACUUAGGGCUUUUUAACAUCAACUUUACUUUCUAGGUAAUGUGGCUGUGCAAUAUUUUUUUAUUUUGUUCUUUUUACUUUUCUAUUACUUUUUCUUAAUUUGGGGUACCUAAUUAUUUGGAGAUUAAAGCGCAGUGUGUACUCUGUGUGGUUUCUUAUUGGCUCUUAGACUACAGAAGUCAAUGUUACUUGGCUACACCUACAAGAGGCUUUAGAUGCCAGAAUUAAUUGGAUUUUAAAAUUCUGAUAAGGUUUCACACAUGCAAUUGUUGUAUUUUAGCACUGUAGGAAGUUGAACUGGAAGCAAAGCAAGCUGCUAAAAUACUGGAUAUUUGGAAAAAACUCUAUCUGUGAGUCUCACAAAGACCAUUACUGAGUUGUCUGUUCUGACGUCACAACAUCUUAACAACUUUCUACAAAGUCAUUAUCAGCAUUAGUAAAUACGUUACGCCUGUGGGAAUAUAUUUUCUACUGAUCUCAAAAACACGUUAGUUUACAUAUUAAAUUUUAUUACUGGAACUUUAGUUUUCAGAAGCAAAUGGCAACUAAGGGUUUUUGAAUGUUUAUUGAUAGCUGCCUUCAAAUAAUUGGGGUUUUGCAAACUGUAUUAAAGUUGCUCCUUACUCUGUCAGUUCCUCAGAUGAACGCGGACUGUUUUACAUGGACUUCCUUGUAUGUACGUGAAAGAAGUAAAUGUUAUAAAUUUCUGCAAUACUUUUAUGAAUUUAUUCAAUUUUUAAAUAUUGUUCAGAUGUUUUAUUGACUACAAAGUAUUGUAAAUAUAAAUCGAUACAUCUUCACAUGGGACGAUAUUGUAAACUUUACCUGUUCAGUGAUGCAGAUAAAAUGUUUUUGAUAUACAGGAAUGUUCAAGGUCUAUUGACUUUCUACUGGUGCUGAAUAGCAUUAAGUUCGGUUUCUCCUUCCUUCCCUUUUCUCCAUUUCAAACAAGAAUUCACUAAAGGCGGGGGGGGGAAGGGUUACACGUGCAUUCACUAACUGUAAUGAACUUUUUUUGAGAAACAUAAAUUUGUUGUAUAAUGCAUGUUUAUUUUUAGCAUUGUGUUAUUGCAUCUGGUGUUAAUAAAAUGAACAAAUGACUCUAAUGGAAGCAAUUAAAGGAACUGAAAUCUUCUGCUAAUUACCAAAAUCCUGCAGAGGCAACUUUAUAUAUAAUUAAUAAUUUUGUAUUAUUUGAAAUGAAUGUAGCAAUAAUAGUUUGUAAUGAAGUAAUUUUACAUUUUA